GAUAACUCAGUUAAAGUUUUCACAGACUUGUCAGCAUAAGUGUAUACAUCUUUGAUUUAUCAAAUACCGUUAUUAUCAAUCAAACAUGACAAUAAAAGACUCACCGGAGAAAGAAAGCCCCUGGUUAGAAAGCCAAUGGUACCCUCCACUCGACCAAAUCAUCGAGCCCUGGUAUGAUUGUUACAAAUUACAUGGCAUGUACAGCUAUCAGGAAAAUGAAGACAAAUGGCGCGUCCAAAGGGGUAGCUGGCCAAUUAACGGGAGUUUCAAAGAAAUAGAUGACGAUCCGGACGCCUGGCUAAUCUGCAAUCUCAUCUUGCGGCGCAGUGAAGGCCAAUCUCCGUCUGCAGAUUGGUACGAUGAAAAAGACGAUUCUAGCUAUCAUAUUACGGAUGCCCCUAUGCCUCCGCCCAAGGCUACUUAUAAAAAGGUCUCAACGAGACGUUUCCGGGCCGGAGGUGACUUUCCGCUUGUAGAUCUUCUUGAUGCACGUACCUACAUGAACGAUUCCGUGGCAUGGAGCAUUGGUUACGGCGGCGUUUUAAAAAUGGCCUUCAUUUAUCUACAACAUGACACCACACACCAAUCUAAAACGUUAAACUGGCUUCAGGGGAAAAUUCCAUCUCCAAGAUUUCGGAUCCCAAAACUCAUACGCUAUGAGGUGCAGAUGAAGCGUCAUAUUUCAUUCGAAACCCAACUAUACGGGCUGAAUUUUGAGCAAGCGUGGCCUAUACUUUCGCCACAACAAAGAGAGAACGUCAUAACUGCUAUCAAAGAUUUCAUCUUCGAGUUGUCCAAAAUCAAGGGAGAUAAAAUUGGGUCUAUUGAAGGGAAAGGCAUAUUUGAUCAGUAUCUGCCGCCGCACCACCAGUUGGGUGUAAGUCCUUACGAUCCAGCCGGCAUGCAAGCCAGCUGGGCAGAGACAGAAUUGGCACCCGGACUGUCAGAGUUCUGUUUCGCGCACAACUGUUUGUGGUCUCAUCAUAUCAUCCUCAUAGACUACCCCAAUGCAGGAAGGUCGGACCUGAGAAUUCCAACCAUUGGGUUUGUAAGCUGGUCGUUGGCGGGGUUUGUACCGAAAGUAUGGGUUCGCACGAAAUUUGUCGUGGAUCAGGGGUAUGAUAUGCAAACAAUUCAAAGGUUGAAUGUGAAAAUGAGCACGGGUAUCCGGAGUGAGGAUGUCCUCAAGUAUCGGUGGAGCACGUAUAGGGGGCUUGGAAAAGCGCCGUACAAUAUGCCAGAGAUUAAGGAUCUGUAUUGGAGAGCUAAUCCUCAGAACGCGAGGGCCAUGGGGGAGAAAUUCAUAAGCGGGAGAGGCACUUUCAUAUAUAUCAAUGCCGAGGAUGCGGACGAUGUCUAUGAGCAGGAUUUGCGAGAGCAAGAGGAGCAUAACAGGAAUAGGCCUCAUCGAAGAUGACCUAGACCUCCGCCUGACCGCUGUCCGUGCUAACAAGGGACAAUUGCUGAGGUUGGAUUUUGAUUUCACUGAAUCUGGCUUUUUCAUACAUCUUCUCCUACCUCAAUCUGUAUUUAAUUUUGCGAUCGAUUCAGUAUAUAUAUGCUACGCAAUUCUUUAUAACUUGGUACA